AUGUAUUUCGGCUGGUGGCAUCCUAAGUCCGACAUUGAAAAACCGAGUUUGAAGAGUCGCCCUGAUGCUGAAUUUGUCAUCAUAAGUUGGGAGCUCAUGACGGAAAUUCUUCAAAAGCCAUAUUGCCAUCAUAUUCGAGACUCUUCAUUUUGUCUAAAAAGUAAUACGAAUGUGCGAUACGGCUCUGACUUUGGAGGAACUUCUCUCGGCCACUGGCUUGGCCAAAUUGGCAAUAUUACCGGAAUAAGAAUGAAUGAUAGAAUGGUUCAUACGAUAAAUCAGAAGAAAUGGCGAUCUCCUGUAAAGAAGCCUUACUGCGGGCCGAUGAUUUCCUUCCACAAGGCAACUCCUGCUCUUCAACGAUAUUUGGAGUGCUUCGACCAAGAUAUUGCUGCUUCUAAGAAAUUUUGCAACAAAGCAAAUAAUUUGAAAAAAUAUUCAGUCAAGAAGCACUAG